UCAAAUGUAAUCGUGCGGGUGCCGAGCAUCUUACAGAAAAAAUUGUCACGUCUGGACAACUGUUAAAAUUGAAGUGAAACUCGAACCAGCAUCACAAAAUGGAAAUAAGGAAACUGAUAGAUUUACUAAGGGCCACGAUAGACCCCAACCAACGGCAGCAGGCCGAAGCCCAGCUCGAUCAGAUCCACAAGAUAAUAGGCUUCGCUCCGUCGCUGCUUCAAGUAGUCAUGAUGGCAGACUGUGAUAUGCCUGUCAGACAGGCAGGUGCAAUUUACUUGAAGAAUCUCAUUUCCAAUAGCUGGCAAGAUAGGGAGGCGGAGGCAGGUCAGCCUAUGCCCUUCGCCCUACACGAGCAGGACAGGGCCCUUAUACGAGACAGUAUAGUAGAUGCCGUUGUUCACGCCCCGGAUUUGAUUAGAACACAGCUAUGCACUUGCGUCAAUCAUAUGGUGAAACAUGAUUUUCCAGAGAGAUGGACGCAGAUCGUUGAUAAGAUAAGCGUUUAUCUUUCAAAUCCUGAUCCAAGCGGUUGGCACGGCUCCCUGCUUUGCCUCUACCAGCUGGUCAAGAACUUUGAGUAUAAGAAGGCAGAGGAAAGAGGACCUCUGCACGAAGCUAUGAACCUGCUUUUGCCUCAGCUGUACCAACUGGAAGUUCGUCUGUUAUCCGAUCCGUCGGAGCAGUCCGUUCUGCUUCAGAAAGAAGGCCUAAAGGUCUAUUUUGCUCUUACUCAGUACAUUUUACCGUUGGAUCUAAUCAGCAAGGAUGCCUUUGCCCAGUGGAUGGAGGUUUGUAGGCAGGUUGUGGAGCGUGCGGUCCCCCCCGCGGCUCUCCUGCCUGACGAAGACGAACGGCCCGACCUGCCCUGGUGGAAAUGUAAAAAAUGGGCCCUCCACAUCCUUUACCGCAUGUUCGAGAGGUACGGUUCACCCGGACACGUCACUAAAGAGUACAACGAAUUCGCCGAGUGGUACCUGCAAACGUUCAGCGCCGGCAUACUGGAGGUUCUGCUGCGCGUCCUCGAUGGUUACCGUGGGGGACACUGGGUGCCGCCGCGCGUCCUCCAACAGACGCUGAACUACCUCAACCAGGCGGUGUCUCACGCCCAUACGUGGAAGAUCUUGAAGCCGCACAUGCCCGCUAUUAUACAGGACGUUCUGUUCCCGCUUAUGAGCUAUUCGGCGGAGGAUCACGAGCUGUGGACCGUCGACCCCCAUGAGUACAUUCGCGUUAAGUUUGAUGUAUUCGAGGAUUUCGUCUCGCCCGUCACGGCGGCCCAAACCCUAUUGCACUCCUCGUGUAAGAAACGCAAAGAAAUGCUCCAAAAGACCAUGGUCAUGAUCACUCAAAUCCUCACCAACAACGCCACGGAACCACCCCAGAAAGACGGGGCUCUCCACAUGGUCGGCUCCUUGGCGGACAUCCUCCUGAAGAAGCAGAUGUACCGCGAGCAACUCGAUCAGCUCUUCAUAAAGUACGUUUUCCCCGAAUUUAACAGCGACCGGGGCCAUAUGAGGGCCAGGGCUUGUUGGGUCCUCCAUUACUUCGCCGAGUUUAACUUCAAGCAAGAGAACGUCCUCAUGGAAGCUGUGAAUUUGACGGUCCGCGCUUUACUGUUCGAUAAGGACCUUCCCGUUAAAGUAGAGGCGGCCAUAGCUCUCCAAUCGAUGCUGAACUACCAAGAGAGGUCUCACAAGUAUAUCGAGCCCCAAGUGAAGCAGAUCGCCCUGGAAUUGCUCACGAUUAUCCGGGAAACGGAAAACGAAGACGUGACGGGCGUCAUGCAGAAACUGGUGUGCGUCUUCACGCAGCAGCUCGUGCCCAUCGCCGUGGAGAUAUGCCAACACCUCGCGACGACCUUCAAUCAGGUGUUGGAUACCGACGAGGGUUCCGACGAGAAGGCCAUCACCGCCAUGGGUCUCUUGAACACCAUCGAAACGCUCUUGACCGUAAUGGAUGAACAGCCGGAGGUUAUGCGACUGCUGGAGCCGACCGUGCUCCAGGUGAUAGCGCACGUUUUACAGAAUGCCGUGCAAGAGUUCUACGAAGAGGUGCUGGCGCUGAUCUACGACCUGACCAGUAAGCAGAUCUCGCCGGAUAUGUGGAAGGUGUUCGAGCUGAUCUAUCAGGUAUUUAUGAAGAACGGCAUAGACCACUUCACCGACAUGAUGCCCGCCUUACACAACUACAUAACCAUAGACACGGAUGCCUUCCUGUCGGACGAACAGCGGCUGCUCGCCAUCUACAACAUGUGCAAGGAGAUCCUCACCAAGGACUGCGGCGAGGAUCCGGAAUCUCACGCCGCCAAGCUACUCGAGGUGAUCCUGCUCCAGUGCAGGAAGAAGAUCGACCAAGCGGCCCCCAUGCUGGUCGAGCUGGCGGCCACCCGACUCCUCAGGGAGGUGAAGACCAGCGAGCUGCGCACUAUGUGCCUGCAGGUGCUCAUCGCCGCCCUGUACUACGACCCCCAGCUGCUGUUCUCCGUACUGCAGAAGAUGCCCGACUUCACGAAUCACUUCGUAAAGCAGUGGCUGCACGACACCGACUGCUUCCUGGGCAUCCACGAUAGGAAGCUGUGCGUCCUGGGGCUCUGCACGUUGAUCGCCAUGCCUAAUAAGCCGCCGGCGUUGAUCGAGAUGGCGCCCAAGGUGGUGCCCUCGCUCAUAUUGCUGUUUGAGGGACUGAAGAGGGCAUACGCGGCCAAAGCGGCCGAGGCGGCCGAGGAGGAGGACAGCGAGAGUUCGGAAGGCGAAAUUGAAGGCGAUAUACUCAGCUCCGACGAGGACGAAAUCGACGACCAGGGUCAGCAGUACCUCGAGAAUCUCGCCAGGAGGGCCAUAGGGGCCGACGCGCCCCAGGGUAUGAACGUAAGUACCACGAUAAACGACAUCGACGACACUUCGGAGGACGACGACUCCGACUUCGAGCCGAACGAGGAGACCGUGCUCGAAUCUUACACGACCCCUCUGGACGAGGAAGACUGCGACGUCGAUGAAUAUCAGGCGUUCAAACAAGUUAUGACAGCUAUUCAAGGUCAGGAUCCGGAGUGGUAUAACGCGUUGACGUCCAAUCUGUCGGAACAGCAGUUGAAGACGUUGGGCGAGGUGUGCGUUUUGGCCGAACAACGAGCCGCGGCUAGGGAAAGCAAGAGGAUCGAACAGCAAGGAGGGUACAUGUUCACUCAGCAGGCGGUACCAACUACAUUCAAAUUUGGAGACACCAACUCAUGAAUAAUUUCGUGUUUUUAAAUAAAUGUAAUUUAUUGUGACUGAAUGUAAAAUUGACUAUAUUGACCAGUGAAGUGAUUAUUUGUACAGUUUAAUCAUAAAUAUCUUUUUUAUUUUGAUUAAGUGCCUUUUUAUUAGAUUGUAUGUGAAACAGUUUAAAUUAUAUACAGAUAAAAGUCACGCUGAACAGCUGUUUUUUUCGAUGUAUAUAGUUUUAUUUUAACUAAUGGCAGUGUCAAGAUACGUUCUGGUUUACUACUUGCAGUAGAUUAUUGCAUUAUUUAUAGUUGAUUGUUUGCAGUUAUAAGAGAGGUGUUAAUUAUAUUACGACUAUAAUUGAAUUUUAAUAAAUAUUUUGCUUUGAA